GGAAGUGACGCUUAGGGGGCUGUCGUUGGCGGGAUCAGGAAGUCGGCAUUUGGAAGCUGUGGAGAGCGAAAGCUAAAAAUCAAAACAAGGAUUCGGGAGCUCUAGGCAGGAUGUCUUCCACCUCGCAGAAGCACAAGGAGUUCGUGGCGGAGCCCAUGGGAGAGAAGCCGGUCACGGCUCUGGCUGGAAUCGGGGAGGCGCUGGGGGGUCGGCUGGAAAGCAAUGGGUUCGAUAAGGCGUACGUGGUUCUGGGGCAGUUCCUGGUCCUGAAGAAAGAGGAAGAACUCUUCAGAGACUGGCUCAAGGACACGUGCGGCGCCAACUCCAAACAGCAGAAAGACUGCUUCUCCUGUCUCAAAGAGUGGUGUGACUCCUUCUUGUAAGAGGCAAAGGGGGCGCCCCCCCCUUCCUCCCCCCCCCCCCCCCCCCCCAGGAGUUCACUGCUAGUGUGUUCAGACAAUACCAGCUUCUGUACAUUUCAUACUGCUAAGAUAACACCAAUACACAGCUUUCCCCGCCUCCCUUUUUAAGCACGAUAACUGACGACACAUUUUAAUUGUUUCUUUCUAAAUACUAAUUGGGCAGAUAGCCCUGCUGGGCCGAACAACAUUUGGAAAUAGCAUUUUUUAAUAGGAUCAGUAAUCCUAUAUAUAAAAUUAUAGGUUUUACUAGGUCCCAUUAAAUGGGUAUCGCCCCAAAAAAAAGAGUCUUCAUAAACAUUGAUUUUACAGGAAGCUUUCGGCUCAGUCUGGUUCUUAUGAACGUUUUUACUGUUUGUUCUGAAAUGAUUCUCAGCGGCUCGCUUCGUGAAACGGGAUGUGAAAUUCAGCCGUUCAGAGGGAGAGAGGCUGUGUUAAAAAUAAAAAACAACUGCUUCUAUGAAUUCAUUUUAAGAUUUUUUUGAUCUCGUACACACUGGUGUGGUCUUCUGUAGGUUUUAAAUGUGAAAGAGACCGGCAGGCUGUUCUGCAUUUUGUUUUAUUAACUUUGGAAGUGAUUUUUUUUUUUAUAUAUAUAUAUAUAAAUAAAAAUGAAAUUCAAUUGAA